AUGGAAUCAUCUCGGAGUGAUUUGGAUCGGAUCAAGGGACCAUGGAGCAGCGAAGAGGAUGAGCUUUUGGGUAAGUUAGUUGAGCGUCAUGGAGCUCGAAACUGGACGUUGAUUAGCAAGUCGAUUCCAGGGAGAUCUGGUAAGUCGUGCCGUUUGCGGUGGUGUAAUCAGCUUUCGCCGGAGGUUGAGCAUCGGUCGUUUACGGAAGAGGAAGAUAAGGUUAUUGUGGAGGCGCACAAGCGGUUUGGGAACAAGUGGGCGACGAUUGCUAGGCUGCUUAAUGGACGUACUGAUAACGCGGUGAAGAAUCACUGGAACUCGACUUUGAAACGGAAGAGUUCGACGGUCGAUGGCGGAGAGGAACGGUCUGCGAGAGUGCUGAGGCGGUCGGAGAGCGGUGGUGCUGAUGUGACUGUCGCUAUGUCUAUGUCUAUGUCUGGCAGUCCUUCUGGAUCUGACAUCUGCGAUUCAGGUAACAAUAUUCCGUUUCUCUCCAUCGGAAAAAACAAUACAACCUCUUAUGGAUUGAUUGGAUUACAACCGCCGCCAUCGACGGCGUUAACACUGUCUCCGCCGGGAACAAGUUCGUAUGGUUACGAAGUCCGUGAUCAAGCGACACCGUUUGGUGCAGAGAUUCUUUCAGUGAUGCAAGAGAUGAUCAGGAAAGAGACUUCGUCACUCUGCCUCCCAUUCUCUCGAGACUCCAAGCGACCGUGGACCUUCAAUCGUUCAUCAUCACUUCAGUGCUUCACCUUCACGUCUUCGCCGGUCGUCGUAAGCCCACCAGUCGCCACCGACUCUUUAGCUGUCGACUCCUUAGCCAUCGAUCCCUUCAUCAGCGAUUCCUUAGCGUGCAAUUUCUUUCUCGUCUCACUCAAGUCAGGUAGUCUUGUGGAUGGUGGCGAUGACUUAAAUGUUGAUGAAGAUGAAGAGAAAGAUGGAAAGUAG